GUAAUUCGAUCCGCUUUUGCAGAGCCCCUGGCUCGCCAAUUUCAUCUCUUUCCCUUCAAGCUCCUUUGGCAAUCGACAUCUGCAUCGCACACUGAACGUGUCUAUGAUGAGCUCUAUACUUCUGAUGCUUGGCUUCAAGCACACGACGACCUUCAGAGGCAGCCUCCGGAGCCAGGCUGUCAGCUAGAACGAGUGAUUGUGGGACUGAUGUUCUGGUCUGACUCAAUGCACCUUGCGAAUUUUGGAUCAGCAAAAGUGUGGCCGAUCUAUCUUUAUUUUGGCAAUCUGUCGAAAUAUAUUCGUGCUUGUCCGAGUAAGCACGCAGGUCAUCAUGUAGCCUAUAUUCCAAGCGUGAGUGAAUUCAUCAACUCUUUUCGCAGCGAUGCAGGAGAGAAGAGUUCCGCGCUACUCACACAUUGUCGCCGUGAACUCUUUCAUGCGAUCUGGAAGCACCUACUUGAUGCAGACUUCGUGCAUGCAUACAAGUAUGGCAUCGUUAUCCAAUGUGCUGAUGGUGUCUGGAGA